UAGUAUGCAUUGUUACAAAUAAUUUUAUCGAUCGAAUUAAUAUACAUUUUACAGUACUUAGCAGUAAGAAAAUUCCCGCGUAACGAUCGCCCAAGUGUCACAAUGGACUAUAAUGAUAUUUUAAUUAAUAGGAAUAAUUAUAAUAUUAAUCAUAACAAUAAAAAAGUUGUUAACACUGAUAAUUGUUUUAAAAAAAAUCAUAAUAAAUUAUCCAAAUUAACAAUUAAUCCAAUUUUUAAUGCUUCUUUUUCUUCAAUUUAUACGAUUAUUGAAAAAAGUUACCAGCAAUUCGUCACCAAAAAUCUAUCGAUUAAGGAACCAAUAAUUUUUCAUCUAACAACGAUUCUUCCAUCAUUAGAUGAAGAAAACUGGGGCAUGCAAAUUCAAUAAUGGAAGCUUAUUAAAUAAAUAGGGCGAUAAUGAAGUAGACUGAACGUCACCGAGAAAGGGUCUAAGUGAGACCCGUAGAACGGAACUAUGAUGAAAAUCUCACGCUUCUGUGACGUUGUCUCAUUAAUUAUUCAGCGAUUUUUCAUAUGUAUUUUUUGUAUUGCUUCAACAGCACGCAGUAUAGAUCUUUCACAAUGCAACAGUCCAUUAGGAAUGGAAUCUGGAGCAAUUCCAGACUCAGAUAUCACUGCAAGUUCGAGCUUCGAUAGUGGAAAUGUCGGUCCACAUCAGUCUAGGUUGAGAACAGAAAAUCAUGGUGGUGCAUGGUGUCCUAAAGCUCAAAUCACCAGUGAGCCUCGUGAAUGGCUUGAAAUCGAUUUACAUUCAGUUCAUAUGAUCACUGGUACCAAUACUCAAGGCCGUUUUGGAAAUGGAGUGGGAGUUGAGUACGCAGAGGGUUAUUUGUUGGAAUAUUGGCGCCCGCGGUUAGGUAAAUGGGUACGGUACAGAGACAUCAAAGGAAAGGAGAUUCUCAAAGGAAAUACUAAUACCUAUUUGGAGAAUAAGCAUGAAUUGGAUCCUGCAUUCUGGGCUAGUAAAAUACGUUUUUUACCCUACAGUAGUCAUCGAAGAACUGUUUGUAUGCGAGUUGAAUUGUAUGGCUGCCUUUGGACUGAUGGAAUUGUGGCUUAUUCGAUGCCUCAAGGCGACACUAGAGGCAAUGAAUGGGAUUUCUUUGAUGCAACAUAUGAUGGUCAUUGGGAUGGUGAAUUACGUCGUGGACUGGGACAAUUAGUUGAUGGCAAAAUUGGACCGGAUAACUUUAAAAUGGGCUAUUAUGAUUCUAUUCGCAGCCAAGGCUGGGUUGCAUGGAGAAAUGAUACUCGUGCUAAUGAGCCCAUUGAAAUAAAGUUUGAAUUUGAUAAGGUUCGAGAAUUUGCAGCAGUUCAUCUUUAUUGUAAUAAUCAAUUCAGUAAAGACGUUCAAGUAUUCUCUCAAGUGGAUGUAUUGUUUAGUAUUGGUGGCCAAUAUUUCAGUGGUGAACCAAUAGUUUAUACAUACAUGGAAGACAAGAUAUUUGAAACGUCACGGAAUAUCACAAUUAAACUUCAUCAUAGAAUAGGAAGAUUUGUAAUACUACGACUUCACUUUUCAUCAAAAUGGAUAAUGCUUAGUGAAGUCAUUUUCAAUUCCGAUAUUACUCACGGUAAUUUCACGCCAGAAGAAUUUUUAACAACAGAUACAUCAUUACCUGAAGAUUUUUUCACAAAUAAUAAAAAUCCAGUGUCAGACAGUGAACUACCAGUACUUACAGCUCAACAUGAUGAUCCCACUUAUAUGGCAAUAGUGAUUGGUGUACUAACGGCAAUCAUUUUACUUCUGGCAAUUGCAAUAUUCUUCAUAGUAUCUCGUCACAGACAUCGUAAAUGUUUUGCUAGCCCUGUGGCAGUUAAAGUGCCGUCUCAUCUGAGUUCAACGUGUGCUACAGUGGAGAAAGGAGCGGCGCUUAUGGCUUACACAUUAGAGGAUGACGAAGGCCGGUAUGCUGGUGGAGCACCUUCAACACUGCCUCGUGAACUUGACAAUCGUCUCUUAGAUCUCGUGAAAUUAGAUGAGUACCAAGAGCCUUAUCAAGCUCUUAAAUAUGCUCCAUAUUAUAGCUAUAGUACUAUUAUUAUGGAAAUGAAGGACAUGAUGUUGAACAAUAUGGGUACCGGUAUCAAUUAUGCUGCUGUUCCAGAGGUCGUUACGGCACCACUUCUAAAUCCCGAGGGUACUUUCUCAACUCAUGAAAUAGCUUCCAGUUCAAUCUCAAGUGCUAGUGCGAGUGAUGAUCAAGAAAGUAUUUUUUCUAAAACAUCUUCACGCAAUAGUCGUAUUGAUGAUAAAAAAUCUCCUACACAACAAGAGGUUCUUGCAGCUUUGAAAAAACGAUUGGAGCAGUCAACAGUACCGCUCUUUCCACGCCACAGACUUCGCAUGCUUUCAAAACUUGCUGAAGGAGCAUUUGGUUCGGUAUAUGUAGCAGAAGCUGAAGGAAUUCCAGAAUAUGGGACGAGUACCAAUACUCUAGGAAAAAGGCUUGUAGCUGUUAAAUUUUUACUGCCAGAUGCCAGUGAAAAAGAAAAAUUAGACUUCCAGCGAGAUGUAAGAAUUCUAGCAGCUCUGGAAGACAUUAAUAUAGCAAGAGUACUAGGCGUUUGUUGUCGAGAAGAACCUUAUUGUGUUGUAAUGGAAUAUUUGGAGCAUGGUGAUCUUUGUCAAUUUUUAAAGACUCAUAUCACUGUUGAUGACGCACAUUCAAUGCCUAUGGGAGUCAAGACACUUAGUUUUAAUUGUCUAAUUUACAUGGCAGCUCAAAUAGCGUCAGGAAUGCGAUAUUUAGAGAAUUUAAAUUUUGUUCAUCGAGAUUUAGCAACUAGGAAUUGUUUAGUAGGUAAGGCAUAUUUAAUAAAAAUCUCAGAUUUUGGCACUGACAAUGAGCUCUAUGCAAGUGAUUAUUAUCGAGUUAAUGAUGGUGCAUUACUUCCUGUUCGUUGGAUGGCUUGGGAAUGUGUUUUUCUGAGAAAAUAUACAACAAAGAGUGACGUAUGGGCAUUUGCUGUUACACUUUGGGAAAUUUUAAAUCUUGGCCGGCAUGUGCCUUAUGAAGAUUUAACUGAUGAAGAAGUAGUUGAGAAUCUUGAACAACUUCACAAUGAACACAAUGAACGCAAUAAUGGUCGGAAUGAUGGUGAAAAGAAAAUGCGAAUACUCUUUGAGUAUUUACCAAAACCAAAGACAUCGAGUAAGGAUAUAUAUGAUCUUAUGUUGGAAUGUUGGAGACACGAUGAAAAUACACGACCAACAUUCCGUGAAAUAUCACUAUUUCUACAAAGAAAGAAUCUUGGAUAUGCACCUACUUGUUAAAUACCUACGAACGUUCGAUAAAAUGCACAUUGAGUUAUCACAUGGCUGCAUGAUUAGAUAUGUUAUGAUUAAUCAUAUUAAUAAUAAAUAAGAUAUUAAUAUAAUUAUUGCAAACUGAAAUAUGCAGAUAUUAUAUUAAAAUAAAGGUAGAUAAUAAUAUUAUCACCGAAUAUAUAGUCGUCGACUUUUUAUUAUUGAAAAAUUUUUUAAGAAAUGUGGUGUAAAACUUUAAAGUGUAUUUAACGGAUAAAUUACAAAUCAGUUUACAUAUCUUGAAUUAUAAUUCAAAUAAAUUUUUUUUACCAUUUUUUUAUAAUUAUAUAUCGGAGUAAUCGUUAUGAAUAAAGAAAAAAAAACAAAUUAAUGAGAAGUAAUUUUGGCAAUGUGAAUAAAAGUGCAAAAUAGUUGCAAUUAAUUAAUUUAAUUUGUGAAUAAGUAUAUAAGAAUGUGUUUUGACAAAUAAUCGUCAAGAAAAAUAGCGCGAAGAUCAUGAAAAAACAUUUACUCUCUUUCACUGUGGAAAAGAAUAUCAUCAUUGACACGAUAAUGAUACAAAUAUCAUCAAUAAAACCACAUUAUAUAAUACAUACAAUGUUAUACGGAUAUUUGCGUUAUCAGAAAUGAAAUUGUUGUAUAUAAAUAUACAUAUUAUAUGUAUUAGUAGAGGGGAUCAAUGACGCAUAUAAUGUACCUUAUGUGAACGUAAAUUUAGAAGUGUGUCUGUAAUAAUACCAUCAUCAUUAUCAUCAUAUCAUAGAACAACGAAACAUUACAUAAAUAUUUUCAUUUGACAUAAAUUCUUCUUUCAUUAAUAUAUUGUUAUAAAAUAUUCGAGCAAAAUGUAUAUCUUCAAAUUCCGUUAAAAUGCGAAUAAUAUUUCAAAUAUAUCUUCCAUAAGUUCCA